AUGACCGAACUGUUUUCAAGUGAGAUUAGGCAAUAUAACUUAUUGGAUCACAUUCAAACGUCGCAUUUGAAUGAUGAAGAAAUUAGGCACUCUAUUUUAACGAAAAAUGAAAUCUCUGUAUACUCUAAAUUGUAUCGAUACCGUCAAGUUCAUAAAGAAGAAGUCGAUAAGCAGAUCGAAGAAAUGCUUAGAAAUAAAAUAAUACAACAUUCUAAUUCACCUUACAAUGCUCCUAUUUGGGGAAAAGAAAAUCAAAUAGCAGACUAUCUAUCGCGAAUAGAAAAUUUUAAAAAUAACAAAGGUCAGAAUGAAGAUGCUGAAGUUUCAUUGAAUGAUCUUCAAGCAAAUGACUGUUCUCUUGAUGUAAAUCAAUUUUUCACCACUUAUGAAAACUCUUGUAGAGGCGGUAAAGAAGAAGUAAUAUCAACUGAAAUCACAAAAGUAAUUAAUAACUGUGACGUAUGUCAAAUAGCAAAACAUGAUAGAAACCCUCCUAAAAUACCCUUUCAAAUUUCCGAAACACCACAUAGUUUCAAUGAUAUAGUUCACAUGGACAUUUGGUAUCCUGAAAGAAAUAAAAUGUAUUUAACAACUAAACUGAACGACAGAACUUGGAUCUCAACAUUGGACUGUAUUAAACAAAGAAUACAAAAUUUGGGAAAAAUGAAAGAACUAGUGUCAGACGGCGACACGUUUAUUAUACAUAGGGCAGUCAUAUUAUUUUUGAAAGAAAACGAUAUUGACUUCCACCCAAUAACACCAGGCAAAAAAACGGGAUUUAGCUAUAACUAUGAUAGUCCUAUAAACUCUCAGCCUAAUAUAUCAUUUGAAUAUAAUUUUUCUAGAGCUGAUUUUGUAGGUCUAAAUAAUUAUUUCUUUACGGUGGAUUUCGAGACAUUACUUUGUAAUGUUCCUAUUGACGAAGCAGUAAAGAAAUUUUAUGAUGUCGUUUUACAUGGUUUUGACAUGUAUGUUCCUAAAACGCGUAAUAAGAGUAUUGAUUCAAGUCCUGUUUGGUUCUCAAUUGAGUUGAAAAAAUUGAGAAAUAAAAAGAAUAAGGCGUGGAGAAAAUAUGUUAAGACUCAAAGCUCUGAGUCUUAUUCUACUUACAUAAAUUUAUUUUAUUCAUUUAAACGUUUGUGUGAAGUGAGUUAUAGUAAUUAUUUGUCAGGUUGCUCUUUGGAAUUAAAGCAAAAUCCCAAAUCUUUCUGGAAGUUUGUUAAUUCUAAAAGGAAAUCUAAUCAAUUUCCAAACUUUAUGACUUAUGCCUUAAACAAUGAUUGCUUUCCGGGCCCUGAUAAUAUUCUUGAGAUUAUUUUAAAACAAUGUUCUCGUGUCUUAUCAAAGCCAAUUUCAACUUUAUUUAAUAGAUCUAUUUCUGAAGAUACUUUUCCUAGUUGGUGGAAAACCUCUUUCAUACGACCGGUGCAUAAAAAGGGAGAAAAAAAGAACAUUGAAAAUUACCGUCCUAUAGCUAAGCUUUCUAGCAUCCCUAAAGUAUUUGAAUUAAUGGUUUAUGACGUAAUCUACAAUUAUUGCUCAGAAUUGGUAGUGCCAAAUCAACAUGGGUUUUUAAAAAUGAAAUCUACAGUUACUAAUCUUGUUGAAUGUAGUUCUAAAUUUUUAAAUACGAUGGAGGCUGGAUCCCAGACGGAUGUAAUUUAUACUGAUCAGAGCAAGGCUUUUGAUUUACUACCACAUAAUGUAGUACUUUUUAAGCUAGAAAAGUAUGGUUUUCCUCCUUUUUUCAUUAAAUGGAUUGGUUUUUAUUUGUGUAGUAGGAAAUAUGGAGUUAUUUUUCGUUCAUAUAUCUCCAAUUACUUUGUUGCAAAUUCGGGUGUACCUCAGGGUAGUCAUUUGGGGCCUCUUCUUUUCAUUAUUAGUAUUAAUGAUGUAACACGCGUAUUAAAACACAGUGAUUUAAGUAUCUAUGCUGAUGAUAUGAAAAUUUACAGAAGAAUAGACUCCGCUACUGAUACCUUGCUCUGUUCCGUAGUUAGUUACACUCGUCGUUCCGUAACUAUAACUUCCAACUAUGUCUUGAAUAAAGCUAAUCUUAACAGGGUUAGUUCUAUUAAAGAUUUGGGUGUUGUAUUUGAUGAAAAGUUGACGUUUAGACAGCACUAUAACGCCGUGAUUAGUAAAGCUAAUUCAGUCUUAGGCUUCGUUAAGCGUUAUACAAAGGAGUUUAAUGAUCCCUACGUUAUAAAAACUUUGUUUGUGGCUUUGGUACGACCACAUCUUGAAUAUGCAAGUCAG